AUGAGUAUUAGUUGCAGGUCAACCAUUCUGUCCACUGGCCUGACCAAUGAGACCUGUUUCGAGAACGAAGGUACCGUAGACUCUGCUUCUCCUGUCGAGAAAGUCGGACAACGUCAGACAAACGGCCUAACGAAGCCUCAAAACUCUUUUGUCGCAAGAGUUCCCGGUCGCCGAAAUAACUCGAGGCCUCCUGCGCUUGUCAGCGCUAGAAUCCUCCAGCCCCGGCAACCUUUAAAUGGCCUAACGCAAGCCCGGGCUCGAAACUAUCCCCACAGCAACAGUCGUGAACGCCGACAUGACGACUGCAAAUUGUGA